CACCACACCCCCUGUAGCUGUGGGCAGAACCAGGAAGUCACUCCCACUCUCUCUGUCACGCAGUUUCAGAGAAACGAAACUUAACUCUGUCUCUGUCAGUGUGAGCAGUAAAAUGGCUGAAGGUGGUGUUUCACUGGAUCAGGACCAGUUCAGCUGUGCGAUCUGUCUGGAUCUACUGAAGGAUCCGGUAGCUAUUCACUGUGGACACAGUUUCUGUAUGGGCUGUAUUAAGGGCUGCUGGGAUCAGGAUGAUCAUACUGGUGUCUACAGUUGUCCCCAGUGCAGAGAGACCUUCACCCCAAGGCCUGUUUUAAGAAAAAACACCAUGCUGGCUGAAGUGGUGGAGAAACUGAAGAAGACAGGACUCCAAGCUGCUCCUCCUGCUCACUGUUAUGCUGGACCUGGAGAUGUGGCGUGUGAUUUCUGCACUGGGAGAAAGCGCAAAGCCGUCAAGUCCUGUCUGGUGUGUCUGGCCUCUUACUGCGAAGCUCACCUCCAGCCUCACUAUGAAUCGCCUCCUCUUAAGAAGCACAAACUGGUGGAAACCACUGGAAACCUGCAGGAGAAGAUCUGCUCUCAUCACGACAAACUGCUGGAGGUUUACUGUCGUACCGAUCAGCAGUGUAUCUGUUAUCUGUGUACGAUGGAUGACCACAGAGGCCAUGAUACAGUCUCAGCUGCAGCAGAAAUGACUGAGAAACAGAAGCAGCUGGGGGUGACACAGAGUAAAUUCCAGCAAAGAAUCCAGGAGAGAGAGAAGGAGCUGCAGGACCUGAGACAGUCUGUGCAGUCAAUCAAGUGCUCUGCACAGGCAGCAGUGGAGGACAGCGAGAGGAUCUUUACUGAGCUGAUCCGCUCCAUUGAGAGAAGGCGCUCUGAGGUGAAAGAGCUGAUCAGAGAUCAGGAGAAGGCUGAAGUGAGUCGGACUGAAAGACUCCUGGAGCGACUGGAGCAGGAGAUUGCUGAGCUGAGGAGGAGAGAUGCUGAGCUGGAGCAGCUUUCACACACAGAGGAUCACAUCCAUUUCCUCCAGAGCUGUCAGUCUCUCUGUGCCCCUCCUGGACCUGGAGACUUUCCCAGCAUCACUGUCAGUGCACACGGCUCUUUUGAGGCUGUGAGGAAAUCUGUCUCUGAACUGAAAGAGCGACUGGAGGACGUCUGCCAGGCAGAAUUAGCGAAGAUUUCUAUCACAGUGGGAGAAGUCAAUAUUGUGCCCUGGACCAGAGAGGACUUCUUACAACAUUCCUGUCAGCUCACACUGGACCCAAACACAGUGUAUAAACGCCUCCGUCUGUCUGAGGGGAACAGAAAGGUGACCAAUGUGGAAAAGAGCCAGUCAUAUCCUGAUCAUCCAGAGAGAUUUGAGUGCCGGGCCCAAGUGCUGUGCAGAGAGGGUUUGUCUGGACGCUGUUACUGGGAGGCUGAGUGGAGUGGGAAUGAUUUUGAUAUAGCAGUGUCAUAUAAAGAGAUCAGCAGGAAAGGGCUGGGUGAUGACUGUGUUCUGGGAGGUAAUAACAAGUCCUGGAGUCUGCGUCGUGAUGGCGGUUAUUUUUUCUUGCACAAUAAUGAGAGCACUAAAAUCCCUGUUCCCCCCUCCUCCAGAAUAGGAGUGUACCUGGAUCACAGGGCAGGAACUCUGUCCUUCUACAGCGUCUCUGACACAAUGACCCUCCUGCACAGAGUCCAGACCACAUUCACUCAGCCCUUCUAUCCUGGGUUUAGGGUUCGGAGAAUUGGAUCCUCUGUAAAACUGUGUGAUCUGGAAUAUGCCAGCUCCUGGCCUCAGUCCAACACCACACCCCCUGCAGCUGUGGGCAGAACCAGGAAGUCACUCCCACUCUCUCUGUCACGCAGUUUCAGAGAAACGAAACUUAACUCUGUCUCUGUCAGUGUGAGGAGUAAAAUGGCUGAAGGUGGUGUUUCACUGGAUCAGGACCAGUUCAGCUGUGCGAUCUGUCUGGAUCUACUGAAGGAUCCGGUAGCUAUUCACUGUGGACACAGUUUCUGUAUGGGCUGUAUUAAGGGCUGCUGGGAUCAGGAUGAUCAUACUGGUGUCUACAGUUGUCCCCAGUGCAGAGAGACCUUCACCCCAAGGCCUGUUUUAAGAAAAAACACCAUGCUGGCUGAAGUGGUGGAGAAACUGAAGAAGACAGGACUCCAAGCUGCUCCUCCUGCUCACUGUUAUGCUGGACCUGGAGAUGUGGCGUGUGAUUUCUGCACUGGGAGAAAGUGCAAAGCCGUCAAGUCCUGUCUGGUGUGUCUGGCCUCUUACUGUGAAACUCACCUCCAGCCUCACUCUGAAUCUCCUGCCUUUAAGAAGCACAAACUGAUCAAAGCCACUGGAAACCUGCAGAAGAAGAUCUGCUCUCAUCACGACAAACUGCUGGAGGUUUACUGUCGUACUGAUCAGCAAUGCAUCUGUUAUCUGUGUACGAUGGAUGACCACAGAGGCCAUGAUACAGUCUCAGCUGCAGCAGAAAGGACUGAGAAACAGAAGCAGCUGGGGGCGACACAGAGUAAAUUCCAGCAGAGAAUCCAGGAGAGAGAGAAGGAGCUGCAGGACCUGAGACAGGCUGUGCAGUCAAUCAAGCGCUCUGCACAGGCAGCAGUGGAGGACAGCGAGAGGAUCUUUACUGAGCUGAUCCGCUCUAUUGAGAGAAGGCGCUCUGAGGUGAAAGAGCUGAUCAGAGAUCAGGAGAAGGCUGAAGUGAGUCGGGCUGAAAGACUCCUGGAGCGACUGGAGCAGGAGAUUGUUGAGCUGAGGAGGAGAGACGCUGAGCUGGAGCAGGUUUCACACACAGAGGAUCACAUCCACUUCCUCCAGAGCUGUCAGUCUCUCUGUGCCCCUCCUGGACCUGGAGACUUUCCCAGCAUCACUAUCAGUCCACACGUCUCUUUUGAGGCUGUGAGGAAAUCUGUCUCUGAACUGAAAGAGCGACUGGAGGACGUCUGCCAGGCAGAAUUAGCGAAGAUUUCUAUGACAGUGGGAGAAGUCAAUAUUGUGCCCUGGACCAGAGAGGACUUCUUACAACAUUCCUGUCAGCUCACUCUGGACCCCAACACAGCGCAUCAAUGCCUCCGUCUGUCUGAGGGGAACAGAGAGGUGACCGGUGUAGAAGAGAUCCAGUCAUAUCCUGAUCAUCCAGAGAGAUUUGAGCGCCGGGCCCAAGUGCUGUGCAGAGAGGGUCUGUCUGGAUGCUGUUACUGGGAGGCUGAGUGGAGUGGGGAUAGGGUUUAUAUAGCAAUGUCAUAUAAAGAGAUCAGCAGGAAAGGAGCGAGUGAGGACUCUGCUCUGGGAGAAAAUGACAAGUCCUGGAGUUUGUGUCGUUAUGGCGGUUAUUUUUUCUGGCACAAUAAUAAGAGCACUAAAAUCCCUGUUCCCUCCUCCUCAAGAAUAGGCGUGUACCUGGAUCACAGGGCAGGAACUCUGUCCUUCUACAGCGUCUCUGACACAAUGACCCUCCUGCACAGAGUCCAGACCACAUUCACUCAGCCCCUCUAUCCUGGGUUUAGGGUUCGGAGAGUUGGACCCUCUGUAAAACUGUGUGAUCUGGGAUAUGUCAGCUGUAAUUAAAGAGAGGGAAAAACUCAAAUGAGACAGAAAAUGAAUUAAAUGUACUUAACUCUUCAACUUAAAAUUAUUAAAUAAAUGAAACAAUGAAAUGAGUGAUUGAAACAGAAAUAGAGGGUGGCUCGAUGCUUUGAAAUGGCCCAGAGUUUUCAGCCCAACCCUACAUGACCCCACCUUCUUUUCAGCCCAACCCGACAUGACCCCGCCUUCUUUUCAGCCCACCCCUACAUGACCCCGCCUACUUUUCAGCCCAACCCUACAUGACCCCGCCUUCUUUUCAGCCCAACCCUACAUGACCCCGCCUUCUUUUCAGCCCAACCCUAUAUGACCCCGCCUUCUUUUCAGCCCAACCUUACAUGACCCCGCCUUCUUUUCAGCCCAACCUUACAUGACCCCGCCUUCUUUUCAGUCCAACCCUA